CAAGAUGCACUUGUCAAGGGGGUGCAGGAAGCCAUUUUGUUAUGUUUGCUAUGUGGCUAGCGCCACAUCUCCAGCGGUAGCAUAAUGAUGGAUAUUUUGAGAUUGAAUAUAGCUUUUAAUUUGUUUCACACAUGGAAGUCUGAAAUAUAUAACAUUUAAUAUUUGCCUAAUUUUAAUACGGUCCAGGGAGGGACGCAGUGGAUAUACUAAAUUGUUUGUUUCGCUAACUAAACUAGGCUAGCUAACGCGUUAGCUUACUUCAACGAAAUCUAUUUUUCAGUUGUUCGGUUCAUCCAAAAGUUUCUCUUUUUUUGAGUUUUAUGGCUUUGGUCUAGGUAUCUACUUUUGUUCAAGUGAGGGAUCGGACUAAGUGGUGCAUCGUACAUGAAUUAAGAAACAGGGUCAGAGUUGUAUAAUCCAACUUUAGGCUCGUUUGAGAGGACGAGUAGAAGUGCCGCUAACAACUCUUCACAACAACGGCCCUCUGCAUUGAUCUAAUCAUGGCAGAAGACAUACGACAGGACAAGAAAGCCAACUUCUCUGCUCUGACGGAGCACAACAACAACGGAGUGACAAAGAUUUCUGGCCUGGCCUCCAACAAAACUGGCGCCUCCAAGAAAUUAGUCAUUAAAAAUUUCAAAGACAGGCCAAAGCUAGCGGACAACUACACUGAGGACACCUGGCUGAAGCUGAGGGAUGCGGUAGGAGCCAUCCAGAACAGCACCUCCAUCAAGUACAACCUUGAGGAACUCUACCAGGCGGUGGAGAACCUGUGUUCCUAUAAAGUCUCCCCCACACUGUACAAGCAGCUCCGUCAGGUCUGUGAGGACCAUGUCCAGGCCCAGAUACAUCAGUUCAGAGAAGAGUCCCUGGACAGCCUGUCUUUCCUGAAGAGGAUGAACCGAUGUUGGCAGGACCACUGCAGACAGACGAUCAUGAUCCGGAGUAUCUUUCUGUUCCUGGAUCGUACCUACGUGCUCCAGAACUCCCUGCUCCCCUCCAUCUGGGAUACCGGGCUGGAACUCUUCCGGAACCACAUCGUGAGUGACGGGGCUGUCCAGAAGCGCACGGUCGACGGGAUCCUGGAACAGAUCGAACGCGAACGCAACGGAGAGACAGUGGACCGCAGCCUUCUCCGCAGCCUACUGGGCAUGCUCUCAGACCUGCAGGUGUAUAAAGAGUCGUUUGAGGAGCGUUUUUUGAUGGAGACUGAUAGGCUGUACGCUGCAGAGGGACAGAGGCUGAUGCAGGAACGAGACGUGCCGGAGUACCUGCAUCAUGUGGCUCGUCGGUUGGAAGAAGAGAACGAUCGUGUCAUCAGCUACCUCGACCAGAGCACUCAGAAGCCACUUAUCUCUAAUGUGGAGAAGCAGCUGCUUGGAGAACACAUGACGGCCAUCUUACAGAAAGGUCUCAGUAUUCUGUUAGACGGUAACCAGCACUGGAGACCAGGUCUCAGUAUUCUGUUAGAAGGUAACCAGGUGAUAACUCCAGGUCUCAGUAUUCUGUUAGAACCGGGUGAUGGAGCUGGCUCUAACCAGCUCUUCAGUAAGGUGAAAAUGACUCCCAUAACUGCAGCACUGGAGAGACUACAUCAAGGGCUGUUUCAACAUAAAACGACCUUCAUCAAUAUGAAGGAGGCCUUUGAAGCUUUCAUCAACAACAGACCCAACAAACCUGCUGAACUCAUCGCGAAGUACGUGGACUGUAAGUUGAGGGCGGGCAACAAGGAAGCUACCGAGGAGGAGAUGGAGAGAAUUCUAGACAAGAUCAUGAUCAUCUUCCGCUUCAUCCACGGGAAGGAUGUGUUCGAGGCCUUUUAUAAGAAGGACCUGGCCAAACGCCUGCUGGUGGGGAAGAGUGCCUCCGUGGACGCUGAGAAGUCCAUGCUGUCCAAACUCAAACACGAGUGUGGAGCGGCCUUCACCAGUAAGCUGGAGGGGAUGUUUAAGGACAUGGAGCUCUCCAAAGACGUUAUGAUCCAGUUCAAGCAGUACACCCAGAACCAGAGUGAGCCCAGCCAGCUGGAGCUGUCAACAUCCUCACCAUGGGCUACUGUCCUACAAUGGAGGUCCACCUGCCCCCUGAGCUCUUCCGCCUCCGCCUCCUCGCUCUUCCGCCUCCCGCUCUCUUCCCCCCCUGUUCUUCGCUCUUCCCAGAUGGUGAAGCUCCAGGAGGUAUUCAAGCUGUUCUAUCUGGGGAAACACAGUGGCAGGAAGCUCCAGUGGCAGCCCACCCUGGGCCACGCUGUUCUGAAGACUGAGUUUGGUAAGAAGGAGCUGCAGGUGUCUCUGUUCCAGACGUGUCUGUGUGUCUGUCUACAGGGUAAGAAGGAGCUGCAGGUGUCUCUGUUCCAGUGUCUGUCUACAGGUAAGAAGGAGCUGCAGGUGUCUCUGUUCCAGAUGUGUCUGUGUGUCUGUCUACAUGGUAAGAAGGAGCUGCAGGUGUCUCUGUUCCAGACGUGUCUCUGUGUGUCUGUCUACAGGGGUAAGAAGGAGCUGCAGGUGUCUCUGUUCCAGAUGUGUCUCUGUGUGUCUGUCUACAGGGGUAAGGAGCUGCAGGUGUCUCUGUUCCAGAUGUGUCUCUGUGUGUCUGUCUACAGGGGUAAGAAGGAGCUGCAGGUGUCUCUGUUCCAGAUGUGUCUCUGUGUGUCUGUCUACAGGGGUAAGAAGGAGCUGCAGGUGUCUCUGUUCCAGAUGUGUCUCUGUGUGUCUGUCUACAGGGGUAAGAAGGAGCUGCAGGUGUCUCUGUUCCAGAUGUGUCUCUCUCUGUCUGUCUUCAUAGCAUUUGGGCUCAUUCAUGAAAUGUAUGUAAUUUCUCCAAUUGAACUUGAUGUAUAUGGAAGUAGUGUAACCGUGAUCUGUGUCCCCGUUCCGUCCCCAGAGGAGGGUGAGUUGAGGCGUACCCUGCAGUCUCUGGCCUGUGGGAAGGCGCGCGUCCUCAAUAAGAGUCCCCGGGGGAAGGACAUAGAAGACGGAGACCGCUUCAACUUCAACAACGACUUCAGACACAAACUGUUCCGCAUCAAGAUCAACCAGAUUCAGAUGAAGGAAACGGUAGAGGAGCAGGUGAGCACCACAGAGCGUGUGUUUCAGGACAGACAGUACCAGAUCGACGCUGCCGUUGUCCGCAUCAUGAAGAUGAGGAAGACCCUGGGCCACAACCUGUUGGUGUCAGAACUAUACAACCAGCUCAAGUUCCCCGUCAAGCCUGGAGACCUGAAAAAGCGGAUUGAGUCGCUGAUUGACAGAGACUACAUGGAGAGAGACAAGGAGAGUCCCAACCAGUACCACUAUGUGGCCUGAGGGGGGCGCCACCUCCAUCCUCCACCCCUCCGGUGCCCUGCCAGUGGGCUCAGCGAGUCAGCAUCAGCUGGCCCUGAUAUAGCCCCAUCUCUCCUUGAACUGCCCCACCCCCUCACCGCCCCUCCCCCUGCU